CAGAAACAAACAUGGCGGAUGCUAGCUAGCUCAACGGUCCAACACUAACGUCUUUUUAUCAUUGGCAGCUGUCAGGAAAUAACGAAGAACGGUACCGAUUCUCAGAGAGACACCGUGAACAACUGACCUCCGUACUUGAUCUUUUACCGGGUUGUUUUUCAGCGGGUGUCCGGUAUGUAGAGGCGGGUUGUUAGCCUCGGGAGAGACACAACAACAGAGCUGUCUUCCUCCUCUCUGCUCUCAUGUUUAACAGGUAACCUCAGGCCUCUCUGUGAACCUCACUUGGCCCCCUCUGCUGAGGAUGUCAUCCCCACCAGCAAAGCCCCCGUCAACCUCCCUCUCCGCCCUGGACUCCCUGUCCAUGUCCUCCCUGCUGUCGGGGGAUCUGGAUGAUGAGGGCGAUGGAGGGGAGGAGGAAGGACUGGGCGACCUGGAGGUGAACCCCUAUGACGGGCUGCCCUUCUCCUCGCGGUACUACGCCAUGCUGGAGGAGAGGAGGCAGUUCCCGCUGUGGAGGCUGAGGCAGAGUCUGCUGGAACACAUGGAGAGCCACAACAUGCUGCUGCUCAGCGCAGCCAGCGGGGCGGGGAAGAGCACCCAGGUGCCACAGUGGUGUGUGGAGUACGCUCUGUCCUACGAGUUCUCUCAGGGCCUGGUGUGUUGUUCCCAGCCGUCCUCAGUGACAGCGGUGAGUCUGGCCCUGCGGGUGGCCGACGAGAUGGACCUGAGCCUGGGCCUGGAGGUGGGCUACAGCGUGUCUCACGACGACAGCUGCACACCCGACACCCUGCUCAGGUUUGUGAGUGACACCCUGCUGCUGGAGGAGAUGAUGUCGGACCCGCUGCUGCACCAGUACGGCGUGGUGGUGUUGGACGAGCUGCAGGAGCGCACCGUGCCCACAGACGUGCUGCUGGGCCUGCUGUGUGACGUGUGUCGCCAGAGGCCUCACAACUUCAGGGUGGUCCUCCUCACUCACCCCACGCUGGCCCCUCGCCUCUCCGCCUUUCUGGGCCCGUCGGUCCCUCACCUCUCCCUGGACAGCGUGCUCACUGACGCCCCGGCUGAAGAGCAGGAAGAGGGCAGAGCGGUGGAGCAGGAGGAGGAGAACAGGAAGGCUGUGGAGGUGAACCGGGUGGAGACGGUGUACCGGGAGCUGUCUGCUGGGAAGGAGCCGGCGGCGGCUGCCUGUCACAUGGUGCUGGAUCUGCACCGGAGGGGGGAGGAGGGAGAUGUGAUGGUGUUUUUGGCCAGUGCACAGGAAGCAGAAGCGUGUGCCGCCCUGCUGGAGAAGGAGUGUGUGGCUCUGAGUCCUCAGCUCGGGCCCCUCAGGAUCCUCCCCCUGCAUGCCGGACUGGGCGGGCUGACUCAGCGGGUCUACGAAUCCCAGCAGCCUGAAGCGUCCGCUCUCGGGGGGAAUGACGGCUCUGAGGGGGGUGGCUCGGUGCUCAGAGCCAGCGCCCCGGGGGUCAAGAGGAAGGUGAUCCUCUGUGAUUCGCUGGCAGAGGCUUCCUUCUCCCUGCCGGCCAUUCGCUACGUCAUCGACACGGGCCUUCAACUCAAAAAUGUUUACAACACACAAAUACGAGCUAACUCCCAGGUGGUGCGGACGAUCAGCAAGCACCAGGCCGACAUGAGAACUGAGAGGGUGAACAGCCGUCUACCAGGGCUGUGUCUCCGUCUCUACCCCCAGUCCCUGUACGAGGAGGGGAUGGAGGAGGCUCAUCGUCCGGGGGUGGUGGAGGAGAACCUCAGCCACCUGGUGCUGCUGCUCAAGAGGCUGGACAUCGCAGACAUGGGGCAGUGCAAGUUCCUGGACAGACCAGCCCCCGAGGCUCUGAUGCAGGCCUUGGAGGACCUGGACUACCUGGCGGCGCUGGAUGACGACGGCAACCUGUCCGAGGUGGGCAUCAUCAUGUCGGAGCUACCCCUGGAGCCGCCUCUGGCCAAAGCGCUGAUCGCCGCCUGCGAGUACGACUGCGUGGACGAGCUGCUCACCAUAGCCGCCAUGCUCACAGCUCCGUCCUGCUUUGUGACGGUGGAGCCCAGCAGAGAGGAGGCGGCGGUGUCACAGUGGAGACCCCUGAUGCACGCAGAGGGAGACCACAUGACUCUCAUCAACAUCUAUAACACCUACCUGGAGCAUAAUCAGGACGAGGCGUGGUGCACGACAACCUUCCUGAGUCCCGCCGCGUUGCGAUUGGCCGUGGUGAUCAGGGCGGAGCUGCUGGAGGUGAUGCAGCGGAUAGAGCUUCCUGUUUCUCCUCCCGCCUUCGGAUGCCAGGACAACUGCACCAACAUCAAGCGCGCUCUCAUCUCAGGCUUCUUCCUCAAAGUGGCUCACGAUGUGGACGGCUCCGGUAACUACCUCCUGCUCACUCACCGCCACGUGACUCACCUGCAUCCCUUCUCGUCCUACCUGUGUCGCCAGCCCUGCCCCACCCCCCCCAGCUGGGUCCUGUACCACGAGUUCACCAUCUCCUGCGACAACUGCAUCCGCAUCGCCUCCGAGGUCCACCCGCAGAUGCUGGUGGAGCUCGCCCCUCAGUACUACCUGGGUAACCUGCCCCCCAGUGAUGGCAAAGAGCUGCUGAUGGAGCUGAGGCAGAGUCUGGAGCCCCCCUCCUACGAGGCGGUGGGGCAGUCCGAUGAUUUCAGCCGGACGCACAGAGACGCUGACGCUGCAGGAGACCAUCACACCGAGUCCAACAACGACCUCUGUGUCGUCCAAUGAGACGGGAGAGGAGGCGGGGCUUCUCAGGAGAAGACGCUCGUCACACAGCUGUCACUUUAUCUCAGAUCUGGUACAUGAAUCGAAAUCCCCUUUAAAUGCUUUUACUGUGUGAACACACUAAUGUACAGCAGUGGCUUUGGAAGAUAUUUUUCUCCUUGUUGUGAUAUAUAUAUUGAAUUAAUUUAAAAUUGUAUUUAGAACAUGUUUUUAUUUAAUAAGGGAUAUCUGUCUUUCUGUUUCUGUAAUUCUAAAGGAAAUUCUAGUAAUGUCAUUUUGUCAUUGUGGGACGAGCAGCGGCACAGCACCUUGAUUUACACACAGAGUGGAAGAAAGAGAUUUCAACUGAAAGCAAUGUAGACAAAAGUAUUGGGGCAAUGGGAUGAAUGAAACUCCUGAAACCAAUGCUAAAGAGUGUCCCAAUACUUUUGUCUAUAUAGUGUAUGCACUGCUUCUGACCUUUGACCUCUAUGCAGAUGCCCGUGAACUGUGACCUAUGAUGAGAGACUGCAGCUGUGACGCUCAGAGCUUGUAUUUUACACACGUUUUGAUACCAUUUGUAUAAUGUUUGGGUUUCCUCUUUAGAUUUCUGCCUCUCUCUCUCUCCCCCGACUUUCUGUCAACAAUGAAAAACUCUUUGUAAAGUGGAUUCUUAUCGUCCUAUCUAAUAGGACCUGUCUGUCAAAACAGUGCUUCAAUACUUCCAAUAAAAGUGGUUUUUCAUGUUUGAAA